GGGGAACAUCGGGAGGAGGUCCUUAUGGGGUUGAGGGCAUCAGGGGAACAUCUGGAGAAGGUCCUUAUGGGUCUGAGGACACCAUGAGAACGUCAUUAUGGGUCUGAGGACACAGUUAUGGGUCUGAGGACACCAUAAGGACGUCAUUAUGGGGUUCAGGAAACCACAAGAACAUCUGGAGGAGGUCGUUAUGGGGUUGAGGGCAUCAGGGGAACAUCUGGAGAAGGUCAUUAUGGGUCUGAGGACACCACAAGGACGUCAUUAUGGGUCUGAGGACACCACAAGAACAUCUGAGAAGGUCCUUAUGGGGUUGAGGGCAUCAGGGGAACAUCUGGAGAAGGUCCUUAUGGGUCUGAGGGCACCAUGGGAACAUCUGGAGAAGGUCGUUAUGGGGUUGAGGGCAUCAGGGGAACAUCUGGAGAAGGUCCUUAUGGGGUUGAGGGCAUCAGGGGAACAUCUGGAGAAGGUCGUUAUGGGGUUGAGGGCAUCAGGGGACGUCAUUAUGGGGUUCAGGACACCACAAGAACAACUGGAGGAGGUCGUUAUGGGGUUGAGGGCAUCGUAGGAACAUCUGGAGAAGGUCGUUAUGGGGUUGAGGGCAUCAGGGGAACAUCUGGAGAAGGUCCUUAUGGGGUUGAGGACACCAUGGGACGUCAUUAUGGGGUUCAGGACACCACAAGAACAUCUGGAGGAGGUCGUUAUGGGUCUGAGGGCAUCAGGGGAACAUCUGGAGAAGGUCGUUAUGGGGUUGAGGGCAUCAGGGGAACAUCUGGAGAAGGUCAUUAUGGGGUUGAGGGCAUCGUGGGACGUCAUGAUGGGGUUCAGGACACCACAAGAACAAAUGGAGGAGGUCGUUAUGGGGUUGAGGGCAUCGUAGGAACAUCUGGAGAAGGUCCUUAUGGGGUUGAGGGCAUCAGGGGAACAUCUGGAGAAGGUCCUUAUGGGGUUGAGGACACCAUGGGACGUCAUUAUGGGGUUCAGGACACCACAAGAACAUCUGGAGGAGGUCGUUAUGGGUCUGAGGGCAUCAGGGGAACAUCUGGAGAAGGUCGUUAUGGGGUUGAGGGCAUCAGGGGAACAUCUGGAGAAGGUCAUUAUGGGGUUGAGGGCAUCGUGGGACGUCAUGAUGGGGUUCAGGACACCACAAGAACAUCUGGAGAAGGUCGUUAUGGGUCUGAGGGCAUCAGGGGAACAUCUGGAGAAGGUCGUUAUGGGGUUGAGGGCAUCAGGGGACGUCAUUAUGGGGUUCAGGACACCACAAGAACAUCUGGAGAAGGUCCUUAUGGGGUUGAGGACAUCGUGGGACGUAGUUAUGGGUCUGAGGGCACCAUAAGGACGUCAUUAUGGGUCUGAGAACACCACAAGACCAUCUGGAGAAGGUCCUUAUGGCCCCGAGGACACCACAAGACCAUCCGGAGAAGGUCCUUAUGGGUCUGAGGACACCACGAGGACGUAGUUAU